UAAACGCCCUUCAACCAAUCCGAAAGCAGGGAAGGCUUGCCGACGAGGAAGUGAAAGAUAGUUUGUUUCAGGAAAGUUUCUCUUUCUAAACUCUGACCUGGCUGGUAAAAAUCAUGGAGCCUAGUUGUGCUCGAGUGGGUUCUUUGUGUCUUUUAAUUUUCAUCUUCUGCCUGGAGCGGGGGACGGCUUUCGAGCAACCCAGAGACACGGAGUUUACAUUUAUUCUGCCAGCAGGGAGAGUUGAAUGUUUUUACCAAAAAGCCUUGAAGAACAGCACCAUUGAAGUGGAGUACCAGGUGAUCGCCGGCGCUGGCAUGGAUGUCGAUUUCACAAUCUCUCACCCUGAGGGGUUCCGGCUGGUCUCGGACUUCAGGAAAUCCGACGGGAUUCACACGAUCGAGACGAUGGCCGAUGGAGACUACGAGAUCUGCUUCGACAACUCGUUCAGCAGGAUGUCUGAGAAGAUGGUGUUCUUCGAGGUCAUCACGGAGGGCUUACUGCAGGACACGGCAGUGGAGGACUGGGCUCAGGUGGUGCAGCCAGACGAGCUGGUGGACUUCAAACUGGACGACAUCAGGGACUCGAUGGAUGGCGUGCGUCGGAGGUUGGAGAGGAGCAUGCAGAUGCAGACGAUGCUGAGAGCCUUCGAGGCGCGGGACCGUAACCUGCAAGAGGACAACCUGUUCCGCGUCACCUUCUGGUCCUCCCUCAACAUGCUGGUGAUGAUGGUGGUGGCCCUCGUGCAGGUCUACCUGCUCCGCAGCCUCUUCAAUGACAAGAGGAAGGUUCGCACGUAGAGAGAGUGGAGCCGAGCCCUGCGCUGUGAGCUGGACCCUAGUGACCGUCCACGCGCACUGCGUUCUCCUAUCGGAACCCUGAGCAGGGGGGUUCCGCACAACGCAAUCAUUCCAUACAGCUCUGACCAAAAGUGUUGCACCACCAUCCUAGAAUGAACUCAAGUCGAAUGAAACCUGCUGAAAUAACAUUACCUUAACAUAUUGUAAUUGCACACGGCUUUGUAGUUUUCCCAUGUAAACACUGACCAUUGGAAAAUGCAACAUUUUGAAAGCUCACAUGAAAUAACUUCUGUUAAGGCUUUUUUUUUUUUUGCAAUAUCAUUGAGAUGACAUGAUGUUCUAGAAAAUUACGUCCGUAUUUCUUUUUUUUGUUUGUUAUGUUAAUUAGAUCUCCGUCCUAAAAUUCUAGGUGGUGCAAAACUUUUGGCCAUAGCUGUAUGGAAUUAUUUUCUUAGUUACGAUCCUAACUUGGAUUUCAAAACUGCAUUUUUUAGACCAACACAGUGAAGUAACUGCAGCAGAAACGUUUUAAGAUCUGACUAGGAAACAGAAAACAGCAUCUGUGUGGAAUACAGUUACCAUGAAGGAGGGAGUUAGCCUGUGAUGAAUGUGCAGACCCUUUUAUUAAUACGAUUUCAUCAUUUAAAUGAUGGGACCUGGCGCUGCUCGCAAUUACAGGGUUUGAUCCCAACCAGCAAUAGCAAAUUUCACAGCCGGUCUGAAAGAGAUGCAGCUAACCAAUGAUGGGGAAACAGUUUCCUGUUUUUAAAGUGGAUUUAGUAACAGAGGUACAGGGCUGUGUGCAGGGAGGAGGGCGUCUAGGAGACAGUGAGCCGAUGGUGUGCCUUCGUUGCAGUUCGUAUGAACAUUCAAGAAUCUGCUAAUACAUGGUGCUGUGAUGCAAAACAUUUCACCAUGUUGGGGCUCUUGUGGAGCAUUGCAGCCAUUCAAAAUCCUUUUGAAUUUACAGCGGGUCAGAACAGUGGGGUUAUGUUGAGAUCACCUGAUAAACGAUCACAGGAUCUCAACACAACACGUUUUCAUGUUCUCCUCGGCGAGCAGGCGCUCGUAUUUUUAAUCCUGGUUCAGUUGAACAUCUCUGUUGGUGAAGUUUGCAGGUCUUCCCUGGUUUUUGUCUGAAGAUUAAGAAAAUAGUUUCUAUUGAAUUGUGAAAUGUCUUCACAGAGGAUUGGUUCUUUUAUUUUUUUUAACUUGUAGUUUUGUGGAGGGAGGUGUAGAUUAAGGCCAGUAUUUGUACUGUGAAAAUACCUGAAUCAUAUUUUGGCAUGCUUUAUAUUAUCACACAUGCUCAGUAGAGUCGUGGGUUGCUUGAAGAGAUUUUGUAAUAAAUUCCGUUCCUGUUCCUGUAGCUGUGCACCUCAUUUGUAGAAUCAGCACACACCUCUUGGUGGGAUCAGGCUGUCCCUCUAUAAGCUUGUGUGCGUUUCCUACACCCGGAAGAGAUCUGUCUCCUUGUCUGCAGUCUAAACCGCAGAAUGAAAGCACAGCACCGAGGCAGGUCACUGAAGGAGGAAGGGUAGCUCCUUACACACAAGCUCCUUAAAAAGUUGCAGAGUUCAAGCCGCUUCUAAAACAUUACGGCUGACUUGAAAUCUGCAACUGUUUAAGAGCUGAAAACAAUUAAAAAGGUCUAAUUAAGCAAAUGAUCAGUUCAUUUAAGGGUCUAGUUAAGUAAUUGAGAGCUCAGUUGGAAUGAAAACCAGCAGACACAGGAGGUCCCCAGGAUCAGGGUUCAAACACACUGGCUUUGUAGUAAAUGUGUUACGUUUGUCUGCACAAGGAAUCAAUCCUUCUAGGAUUGAUUCUUUAAAAUCUGGAAACAAAUCUGCAGGGUUUAUUCCAAACUGGAGGGAGCUCGGAGGAAUCUGUGUGUCUAAAUCUGUGAUCUUGAAAUCAUUCCAGCUGGGUUAACGUGCAGAUCACAGAGGGUUUGUGAAGCGACUCUUCACGUAGCUCUGGCGUCCAAUCGGAUUGUGCGGAGAAGAGGCAACUGACUCGCUGCUUAUUGAUUCGACGCUUUCAGUGAUCAAAACGAAGAGGAACAAAAAUGACUGUUAGUUUUUUUUUUUUUAAUACUGUGUGCUGUUUAAAACUUAUUUGUUAACUGAGUGAAAACAAGAGCUUCCAAAUCGAUCCAGUUUCUUUAAAACCUGCUCAAACUCGUCAGGAUUUAAAAAAACAAAAAACACGUCCCUGAAACAUGACAAGUUAGCUGGCACAGUUUUUAUACAUCCAAAUGCAUUGCUCAUCAAAUACACUGGAUCCGACUUGAUUCAUUUGAAAACAGUGCCGACUUGUAUCCCUACAGCUGAAACAUUUUUGUGUGUGUGUUUGUUUUAUUUUCUUGUGAGGGUUGGAAUGGUGAUCAGAGAUUUACUUUUCUAUAAAAUCAUUUUAAAAGUUUAAUGUUUUUGUGUGUUUUUAAAUAACAGGUGUAUUUCAUAUUUUAUAGUGUUUCGUUUCUACUGCCCUCUAGCGGAAAGACGGGGUAGUUCAUUCGUUUGACUGGUAGAUUUAAAAUGCAGUUGCAUCACGAUACUGUAACCCUGCAGAAGAGUCGCGCUGUGACUGUCCUGUGUGUACAGACUACACCACGUGGAAAGUCUAGUCAGGAAAUAAACACACACAGUCUUUCAAUAAUGACAGGAGAUUCUUAAAUGCGGCAUUCUGGCUGCCGUGGUCUAUUUUGUGUUUGUCCAACCUUGUGUGUACUUUUUAAGACCCAAAUAAAAUGUUUUGCUGGUGUAAA